ACACACACACACACACACACACACCCCCACCCAGACAGACCCAGACCCAGCAGUGUGCAGCGCCGCUGUCAGUUGGAAGGUGUUCUAUUCGAAGCUAACUGCCAGGCUCUCAUGUCACAGAAAAUGAGCAAACUCCCCCUCUCUCGGUCUGAGGUGUUCGGGGAGCUGAGGAAGGAGCUGCAUGAAGAUGAAAAGUUCCAUCAGUCCGAUCACAUCUUCAUCAUCAUGGGAGCAUCGGGGGAUCUUGCUAAGAAGAAAAUCUACCCAACUCUAUGGUGGUUGUACAGAGACGGCCUCCUCCCUGAGCAGACGUAUUUUGUGGGCUUUGCUCGCUCUGACCUGACAGUUGAUGCCAUUCGGACUUCUUGCAUGCCAUACCUGAAGGUGACGGAUAAAGACGCAGAGCGGUUGGCGGCCUUCUUUAAGAGGAACACGUACAUCAGUGGGAAAUAUGCAGACGAGAGUUCCUUCACCAAACUCGACACGCACAUCUUGUCUCUUCCUCAAGGAUCCGAGGCAAACCGUCUGUUCUACCUGGCGCUGCCGCCCACCGUCUACCACGACGUCACCAAGAACAUCAAGCACUGCUGUAUGAGCAAAAAAGGCUGGAACAGGGUGAUUGUAGAGAAGCCGUUUGGACACGACCUCCAGAGCUCUGAAGAGCUGUCCACUCACCUCUCCUCGCUCUUCACUGAGGAUCAAAUCUACCGUAUUGACCACUAUCUGGGCAAGGAAAUGGUGCAGAACCUCAUGGUGCUCAGGUUUGGGAACCGAAUCUUCGGGCCGAUCUGGAACAGGGACAGCGUGGCCUGUGUUGUUCUCACCUUUAAAGAACCGUUUGGGACUCAGGGACGAGGAGGCUACUUUGAUGAUUUUGGCAUCAUCCGCGAUGUCAUGCAGAACCACUUGCUCCAGAUGCUCUGCCUGGUUGCCAUGGAGAAACCAGCUUCCACCAGCUCUGAUGAUGUCAGGGAUGAAAAGGUGAAGGUGCUGAAGUGCAUCACUCCAGUGACCAUAUCUGAUGUGGUGCUGGGUCAGUAUGUGGGGGAUCCAGAGGGGGAGGGAGACGCCAAACUGGGUUAUCUUGAUGAUCCCACAGUUCCUAAAGGAUCAACUCAGGCCACCUUCACCACGGCUGUACUUUAUGUGCACAAUGAACGCUGGGACGGUGUCCCUUUCAUCCUCCGCUGUGGAAAAGCUCUGAAUGAGAGGAAAGCUGAGGUGCGGCUGCAGUUCACAGAUGUCCCAGGGGACAUUUUUGGAGAUCAGUGUCGUAGGAAUGAGCUGGUGGUGCGCGUGCAGCCCAACGAGGCCGUCUACGCCAAGAUGAUGAGCAAGAAACCUGGCGUCUACUUUAGCCCAGAGGAGACUGAGCUGGACCUCACCUACAAGAGCAGAUACAAGGAUGUGAAGCUUCCAGACGCUUACGAACGUCUCAUCCUGGACGUCUUCUGUGGGAGUCAGAUGCACUUUGUACGCAGUGAUGAACUAAGGGAAGCAUGGAGGAUCUUCACACCUCUUCUCCAUCACAUAGACGGAGAGAAGCCCAAACCCAUUUCUUACAAAUAUGGAAGCCGGGGCCCAGCAGAAGCAGACGAACUUGCAAAGAAAGUUGGAUUUCGCUAUGAAGGCACUUACAAAUGGGUCAACCCUCACAGACUGUGAGCUGUGAUGAGAUAAGGGAGGAGUAGAGGUAGGAUUGUAGGAGGGGUGCAGGAGGGGUAAGUGAGCCGUGUCAUGUUACAAUGCUGGAGCGUCUUUUUGAGGAAGGAGUCGUUUCCACUAUGUGGAUCCAUCGCAGUAGCAGAAACAAGUUAUUAUUUCUCAGGUAUGGCAAUUGUUCCUUGGAACCAGUUCAUCAGACAUUUAGAAGAUAAUGAUACAUUUAUGCUGUCAUCAUGGGCUUACACUGCAGUUUCUGUGGUAUUUUUUUUUUUUUUUUUUUUUAAGUUUUCUUCAUACAUUCAUAGCAACUUUUCCAUGUUUUAUUUGAGAGGUCGGACCAAGUCAUUUGGAAGAGGGAACAAAAAAAUUGGUGAUCAAAAAAAAUGUUGAGAACAAAAUAACAUGUCUGAUGAGCUAGCUCCAUGUCCGGCUGUCAGGAUGGUAAAUGGAAUGACUGAAUAACAAUAGCAGAGCAACAACAAAACACUCAGCUGAGUCAUGCUCGGGCAGCGUAAGCAGAGGACCAAAGAUGGUAACUGAACACCGCAGACACGAGGAACAACAGGAAUGAUUGUUCACCAGCUGUCACUCUUAAUAACCGUUGUGAUUGUAAAACCAUUAUGAUUUGACUGCAGUUAUUAAUCACACUUAGUGGAAUUUCUUUUUUUACAACUUGCGUAUUCUUUCUGCCUCCUCUUUAAGCUAGAUAGACUCUGUGGUUUAUAAAAGGACAAUGCAGGCGUUUUGUCUUCAAAGCAUUCAUACUGGAAUAGUCUUAAGUGUCCUUAUGGACAAACAAAACAAGCUCUGCGUCUUGUUUAGUAGCCUUCUUCUGAGCUUCAUUCCCUUUUUGUUUACAUGUUUUUUAGGUUUAUUUAAGCUGCUGAUGUUCAUUCUGUAUUUGAAAAUAUUCAGACAGCAGCGGUGUCUAGCACAAGUCAACGUCUUUGUAAUGAAGUACUGAAUACUGCUGUUAACUGCACAUUACAUGUAAAGCUAGCUACAUUUCCACUACUUGUAAUAAAUAAACUAGCUUUGCCUCUCUGUUACCGUG